UAGCGGGUGUGCGGCUCUGUAGUGCGGUUGGUAGAUAUAGUAUUUUUCCAUCAAGGAGUGGUCGACGUGCAUUUACUGUUAUCAUCAUGGCAGAAAGGAGGCUAACUGAACUUCCGGGUGAGGGAGAGAGCUCAGAGCACCAGGAUUCUGGUGCCAGACAGAAUGUACUUCAGCAUCCUCCACACCCUCAGCCGCAGUUUCCACAUCCACAUUCACUUUUUCGCGACCGUCCUACGAUUAUCUUUGGUGCUGAUGUCAUCCAUCCUCAUCCUGGAGAAGAUUCUAUCCACUCAAUUGCAGCAGUUGUUGCCUCCCAGGAUUGGCCAGAUCUAACAAAGUAUGCUGGUUUGGUUUGUACCCAAGCACAUGGACAAGAGCUUAUCCAGGAUCUUUACAAGAGCUGGGAGGAUCCAAAAAGAGGGACUAUGAGAGGUGGCAUAAUCAAGGACCUCUUUAUAUCAUUCCGCAGAUCAACUGGACAGAAACCCCAGCGUGUUAUAUUUUACAGGGAUGGUAUUAGUGAGAUGCAGAUCAAUCAAGUUUUUCAGUAUGAACUUGAUGCAAUUCGCGAGGCUUGUGCUGCACUGGAUCAAGAUUAUAAGCCUCCAGUUACGUAUGUAGUGGUUCAGAAAAACGAUCUCACCGGGUUUGCCAACAAUCAUCAUGUCCGUAGUUCAGAUGUUGGGAGUGGAAAUAUUCUGCCUGGGACUGUUUUGGAUUCUGAAAACUGUCAAAUUACCGACUUUGACUUCUAUGUCCAAAAUACUAGCCCACCAGUACAUUAUCAUGUGAUUUACGACGAGAACAAGUUCUCUUCGGAUGGGUUGCAGUCACUCACUAACAAUUUAUCUCACAUAUAUGCCGGGGGUUCAAAAUCCAUGUCAAUAGAGCAACUUGGAGUGCAGUCAAUCUUUAAAAAUAUAUUUUACAUAUAUGCCAGGGACCCAAGAUCCAUUUCAAUAGUGGUACCUGCAUGUUAUGAUCAUGAGGCAGCAUCCCUAGCUCGCCUUAGAAUGGAACCUGAGACAUCGGAUAGCGAGUCAACAGUGAGUGGUGCUGCUGAUAGCCAGGGAGGAAUGGGGAUCAGGGGAAGCACCACCACAGCAAAUGCUGAUGCGGCUGCUAGCACCUUUCCAAAGAAUUUGAUAAGGGUUAUAAUCAACUGCUAAGUCUUGGAAAAUUGGAGCCCUUGUGUGAACUAUUUAUUGCUGCCGUUGCUUUGAACAUUACUUUUGAUGUUUGUGAAUCUGUCUUGUUUUUCAUCAACCUAACUUGUGAUUGUUGCUGACUUGCUGAAAUCUAACUAUUUGAACAAAUUUAUCAAUUUGUUGAAGUAAACAUAAGUUAGCAGGUAGACGGUAGACAACCCCUUUUCCGUUUAGAUGAUUGUGGUGCCUGUUAGUUGAUUUACUUAUGAGAAGAUGACA